AUGGAGGCCUCCGCUCCCGCAGCACCACCGGCCGCGCCCGCGCCGGUGCCGGCGGCCGACGACGAGGGCGACGUCUGCGGCAUCUGCCUCGACGAGCUCGACGACGACGGCGAGCGGGGCCGGCCCGAGGGCUGCGACGGCCACUUCUUCCACGCGGACUGCUUGUUGGAGUGGGCGGCGCGCUGCGCGCUCUGCCCGCUCUGCAAGGCGCCCUUCGGCGCCGUGCGCCACGGCGACGGCCGCGUGAGCCGCGUUAAAACCCAGGACGAGGACGAGGAAGAAGAGGAGGAGGAGGAUUUUUGUGCCGUGUGCCGCGGCGGCGGCGAGCUCCUCAUCUGCGACGGCGGCGGCCCGGGCUGCGCGGGCUUCGCGCACGUGGGCUGCGCGGGCCUCUUCGAGGUCCCCGAGGGCGACUGGUUCUGCGGAAACUGCGCCGCCGAACGAUCCGCGGCGUCGCGCGCGGCGCGCCACGGCCGCCACGCGGACCGCGUCGCGGCGGCGGCCGCCCGGGAGACGACGCGCGGGGACGGCGACCGGGCGGCGCCGCGGCCGCGGACGACGGGCGCGCGCGCGACGUCGCGGCGGCGCGCGCGCGUCGCCCGCGGCGCGGCGCGGGACGCGCGGCGCGCGUGGGCGCCGGUACCCGAGGAGGACGCGCCGCGGCCCUGGGCGGCGUCCGCCGCGCCCGUCGACUUCCUCGAGCUCGCGCGUGGCUACCUCGGCGGCGCCGCGCGCGCGCCUCCGGCCCGGCCGGCCCAGCGCUACGCCCGGAGCCUCGCGGCGCCGCGGGGCGCCGCGCCGGAGGCCCCGGACGCGCGGCGGCCGUCGGUCUACGCCGUCGCCGCGGCCCUCGCGCGCGACGGCGCCGCCGCCGCGCCGUCGGGCCGCGCCGCGGACGGAACGAAGGGGAGACAAAUCGAUCUGCCGACGCCGAUGUCCCUGCGAAAUAAUCACAACGCCGUCGCGCUGGAUUAUUUAAUCUACGUCGGCUAG